CGCAGCAAAAAGUGCCGAGCAGAUCCCUUCUUAAAAGAAGCCGCUCCCCUCGGCGGACAUAGAGCCCGCCUCUCCCUCCAGGCACAACUCUCUCCAGGAGAGCGAGGCUUUCCAACUCUCCAACAGCAGCGGCGGCUACGGCCAUGGGAAGAAGGCGAGGCGGCGGCGGCGGCAGGAGUGGGUGCCUUGGGGGUGACAAGUGAGAUCCCGGCAGCCUGGGCCGGGGUACGCGCAGCCAGGGGCGUAGCUGUUUGUCUGCCCUGGCGAGAGCGCAGCGUCCACGAAGACAAGGGAGCGCGCUGGACUUCUGCGCCUCGCUGGCAAGUUGUGGAAUCCAGAGGCAUGGAUCUUCGUCUCUUGCUGUUUAUUCUGGCACUGGUGUCUGCGAGUGAUUCCUUCUCCACGAGCAAGGCUUCGUCAGGAAAACCACAGAUCCUUAAGUGCCGGUCACCUGAACUGGAAACCUUUUCAUGUUACUGGAGUAAUGGCGACUUUCCCCAUUUAACAGCUGCCGGAAACGUGCAAUUGCUGUAUUCAAAAAGGAACUUAGAAAAGCAGAGCGAAUGGAAAGAGUGUCCUGAUUAUAUAACUGCUGGUGAAAACAGCUGUUAUUUCAACAAAACCUACACCUCCAUUUGGGUUCCUUAUUGUAUCAGGCUAGUUGAUGGAAACGAGACGUGUGACGAAGUAUGUUUCCGUGUGGAGGACCUAGUCAUCCCAGACCCUCCCGUCGGACUCAACUGGACUGUUCUGAACACCAGCCCAAUAGGCAUCUAUACCGAUAUCCAGGUCACCUGGAAGCCUCCACCCUCCGCAGAUGUUCAGAAUGGAUGGAUCACCCUCCACUACCAGCUGCAGUACAAAGAAGUCAAUGAGACAGAGUGGAGGGAGCUGGAGCCAAAGGGAGCCACGGUGUUUCCGGUAUAUGCUUUGAAGACGUGCCGCGAUUACGAGAUACGAGUCCGGGCGCAAGGGGUGUCUGAAAUUUAUGGGGACUUCAGUGACAUCCUCUACGUAUCUUUUAGCUCCGCAGGCCAGGUGCCAUGCGACGAAGAAUUCUCAGUUCCUUGGCCUUUGAUGAUGGCCUUCGGUACGCUUGGCGUAAUGGUGAUGUUAACCGUGGUGCUCUUUUCUAAACAGAAGAAGAAGUUAAAGAUACUGAUUCUUCCUCCUGUUCCAGUUCCCAAAAUUAAAGGAAUCGAUCCAGACCUCUUUAAGAAAGGAAAACUUGAUGAAGUCAACUCCAUCUUAGCCAGUCAUGGUAGCUGCAUGCCACCACUGUACGGAGACGACUCUUGGGUGGAAUUCAUUGAGCUGGAUAUAGACGAGGCAGAAGAGAGGACUGGAGGAUUGGAUACCGACAGGCUCCUCGGCGAUGACCGCUUGAAGUCUCACGGCUGCCUUGGUGUAAGGGAUGACGAUUCUGGGAGAGCCAGCUGCUGUGAGCCGGAUAUCCCAGAGACUGACUUCAGCGCCAGCGACACCUGUGACGGAACCUCAGACAUUGACCAGUCCAAGAAGGCAAACCACAAAGAGGAGGAUCUCUUGGGCUUUGACCAGAAAGACAACGGGAAGCCAGCGUCAGGUCUUGAGGGUGUGCUUGAUCACCCAGACGAGCAGCCCAAAGCCCAUUUUUCUGUCGCUGACACUAUCGAGACAACCAGCCCGCCUGCCAAGACCCAGCUGAGCAACCAGAAUUCAAUGGCCAACAUUGACUUUUACACGCUGGUCAGCGACAUUACUCCGGGAGGGAGGGUUGUGCUUUCCCCGGGGCAAAAGGUUAAGAUGGGGAGAGAUCCAAGCGAGACUCCGAAAGAACCAGUUGCCCAGUGCCAACCGAGCUUCGACAUGGACAAUGCCUAUUUCUGUGAGCUGGAUGUGAAAAAAUGUGUCCCUGCGACACUUCACAAAGAGGCCGAGCCAGAAGUUCAAGACCAGAGCUUUCCUGAAAACGCUUACUUCACCACCGAGAGCCUUACCCCUACAGCUGUGAAUCCUGCGAGGGCAGCAGUUCAAGAAGAGCCAGGAAGUGCCGAGGUGCUUGUGGCAGACUAUACCUCCAUCCAUGUAGUGCAAUCUCCGCAAGGCCUUGUGCUCAACGCCACCGCUCUCCCAGUGCCAGACAAGGAGUUCAUCGCGUCCUGCGGUUACGUGAGCACAGACCAACUAAACAAAAUGCUGCCCUAGUUUUCCUUGGACUGAGUAGGAAGUGGCACCAUCCCAACCCCUUCCCCCUUUCCCACUCCUCAGUCCAUGCCUCUGUGAGGCUCUGAAACACAUGCAGAGCUCCC